AUCCCAUCACCUCAAAAGGUAUUUAGCUAAGUUGGUCUGUCGGCAAUUUUUAUCAAAUAUUUCUAAUUUCGAUUGCUAACGUUAUUCCUCUAUCAUAUCGGUGUUAGGUUUGUUUAAUAAUUAUUUCAUAGUUACCAUUCAUAAUGUCUCACCAAACUGGCAUACAAGCAAAUGCGGAGGUUAAGAAGUAUUUCGGGAAAUGCAGGGAUGGCAAAAUACGAUUUCUGAAAAUCAGCAUAGAAAAUGAACAACUAGUGCUAGCAAAAUAUCAUGCUGUAAAAGGUUCAUGGGAACAGGAUUUCGAAAAAUAUGUACCAUCACUCGUUGUGGAAGACCAGCCUUGCUACAUUUUAUUCAGGUUCGACUCUACAAACUCCCUGGGAUACGAGUGGCUGCUCCUCAGUUGGUCUCCAGACAGUGCCCCAGUGCGACAGAAAAUGCUUUACGCAUCAACAAAAGCCACCUUGAAGCAAGAGUUUGGGUCGGCCCAUAUUAAAGACGAGAUGCAUGCUACUGUAAAGGAAGAAGUAAGUCUGAAGGGCUACAAGGCACAUUUGACUGGCAUCAGCGCCCCAGCACCGCUCACGGACAGAGAGGAAGCCCUCAAGGAAUUGCAACAGAGCGAGCAUCAUAUCAACUAUAGCACUGAUUCAAGGCAGUCAACAAUGGGUGGAGUUGCAUUCCCAAUCACGGAAGCAGCAGAACAGGGUAUUAUUGACCUCCAAAGAGGUUCAUACAACUACUUACAGUUUAAAAUAGACCUAGAAGAGGAGAAAAUCCACUUAGCAAAAGCCGCAAAGAUAUCCCUGGUAGAGUUACCUCAGCAAGUCCCCAGUGACCAGGCGCGGUAUCACCUCUACAUCUUCCCACACACACAUGAGGGUGAUCAUAUGGAGAGUAUUGUAUUCAUCUACUCCAUGCCUGGUUACUCGUGCAGCAUAAAGGAAAGGAUGAUGUAUUCGAGUUGUAAAGGACAGUUCCUAGAUAUCAUUGAGAAAAUGGGAUUGGAAAUUGCCAAAAGACUUGAAAUUGAUGACGGCAAGGAGUUGACGGAGGAAUUUCUAUACGACGAGAUUCAUCCGAAGAGGAAUCUUCACAGGCCCGCAUUUGCCAAGCCCAAAGGUCCUCCAAACAGAGGCGCCAAGCGUAUCACUAAGUCCCAAUCAGCUCAAUAGGUUAAGUUUAAAUUUUUUUCGUCGUUACUCGAUCAAGUCAAGCGCAUAGGAAAGUUAUUGUUAAACGACCUUUUUUGGGUUGAAAAAUAAAGUCAAGGUGUAGUUGAAACUUUGGAGACUAUGUCCAGAAGAGGUGUCAAGGUACAAGGUGUUCACUUCGAGAUUUUUGGCUUACCUACACCUAGGUAGUAGCUGUACUGUAAUGACUUGACAUUUGCUAAGCGAAAAUAUGGUAAAUGUAAUUUUACACAAUAAAAUAUAUGAUGUUGCUGCAAUAAAAAUAAUCGAUUAUAUUUUUACGAUUAAUGUAUUUAGGAAACAAAUCAUAGUCGCUCCUAUUAUAAUAACAGCAUGGUAAUAUGAAUAAUGUUAAUUUUCGUUAAAGGGAAACGAUAUUACUAAGAAAUUACCAAAUUUGACUUUUAUUUAAGUUUGUAUUUC